AUGGCCUUUACGUGGCCCGAAAAUUAUUGUCGUGUGUGCUUUUCGACCUACCUCGGGACUGCGGGCAUGAAGACGAAGUUAUCCCAAACGGCUAGAGACGGUCCUGGAAGACUAGUUAUCUAUACAGACUGCCGCUCAGCCUCCGAAGGUCACUGCAGGGCAGUCUACUGGCCUAACUCGUGGAGGCACUUUGACGUCUGUGGCCCGGUUAUAGACGCUCCACUUGCUGUUGCAGGAUUGUUGCAGGUCGAUACUUUCGAAAAGCUCCUUGCUGAUGAGCUGCUUUCUGAAAUUCAACAAGAACGAGGGUCGGUGCAAAAUUCCAUUUCACUGCUCGAAAGGGAUAAGCGCACGAGACCACGUCAGGAUAGCGAACGUGGGCGGAAGGCUGGUGGGAAGACGGAGGAUCUUUGGACCUUGGGAAUACAGUGGAAGAGAGCGAUGAAGGAGAUUAGGAUUAGCCAAGCUAGACUCUAG